UAGCCACAGGAGUUAGAGGGUUCUGUUUCGAAUUUUUCGAGGAAGUCUGCGAUAUGGAGAUAGCGGGGAUUAGGUUUUUCGUUUCUCGAUCUGGGUUUUCAGCUUCUUACUUCUCUGUCGCUUCGCCUCCCUCCCUUCCCCACCAUAUACAGAGAUAGCACAACGUAUCCUUCGAAACUUUUCUACAGUUGAGAAUCCAGAUGCAACACCACCAGCAAAAACCCACCUCGGUCGUCACCUUCUCCCCGAUCUCACCUAGCUUCAAUUUGUACUCUAACUCCGAUGACGAAACCCUUGUCGAGCUACAGUAUCGUCCACGGUGCUUCAAUUACGGCAACGAUUGGGAUUCUUCAGUCUCAAGA